AUGUCGUUGUUGAAGAAGUUGCCUACUCAGGCCAGACUCAACCAGGUCAAGGAAUUAAGCAGCAACAUUUUCGGCCAUGCCUGGAACCCAAGCUGCAAGAGAACUGGAGCCAAGAUCUUGAAGGAAGAAUUGAAAGGUCCUCAAUUGGUGAAGUACUACGGUGUCAACGACUCGAUGCCAACUUUUGCCGACUUCAAGCAAUGGUUCCCAGAGUUGAAGUUAGUAGAUCCAAAGGAAGCCUACAGAUUGCACAUGGUCCAGGACAGAAAGAAGAGAAAUAAGGGUGCUCCAAAGAAGAAGUCCAAGAGUUGA